GACAGUUUUACUAUGGUAGAGUCACUAUAAGCCGAACUUUUGGCUCUAUGAGCUGUAGAUUCUGUGAGAAAUAAUCCAAAUACUGCAUCGACAAAAAUAUCCACAUUACUGUCGAAUCUGCUCACAAAUUUCUGAAGAAUCUGUUGAGACACGCGACCUGUCGGACAUACGAAAGCAUAGACAUCAUGCUUCCAUAAUAAACAAAGUAAGGUUUUGUUAAUGUCUUAUGAAAGUGAUAAGAGCGAGUUGUCAUGCGUGUAUCAUAUUGUAAGUGAUCUGGGAGCUCGAAUGAACUAUGACCCGGCGUUCGAAGGUAUAAAAAUGGUGCUGCUAAUUCUGCUUUAUCAUUUGAUAUUUGGCGUCUACUUGGGGCCAUCGAGCUAGUUUAUUAGAAGACACUACUGUUUUUGGUACGUAAUCGAAUUUCAAGAGAAAAUGUAUGUAAAAUUAUAACAUAAUUAUGUCAUUAUUAUUAUGUGUCGUGGCAUCACUGAAUUGGCCCUACGGCAGACCAGCGCUGGUUGAAUAGCUAGCAUUAUGCUGAGUUGGGUCCAUUUCGUGAUACGCACUUAAUGUUCUGGUUCUCUGCUUUUGUUGUCUGUACAUGUUCGUACAUGUUUGUGACUCUUCUUCCUCGCGUUGUCCCGGCAUUUUGCCACGGCUCAUGGGAGCCUGGGGUCCGCUUGACAACUAAUCCCAAGCUUUGGCGUAGGCGUGUGACUGUCAUGAAUAAAUGUCUUUUAUCUUAAUCUUACCUUCAAGUAGACAAGAGUACCGCUGAUAAAAACAAAAUAGUACAUUGUGCAACGAGGGGGGUAAGUGAAACUUUGGAUACGAGAGGUAAUUGGUGGAUUGGGAAUUAAAUACCCAAGUUUGCAAUAUUCUUACCCCCGGAGUUAUACACAAUGUUUUUCAUCUCACUUGCAAAGAAAAAACUAAAUUUUAACCAAAAUAAUUCUUAAAUGACAUAUCAAACAUUCGUCCGCCAUUUUGUAAUUUUAUGACAGCCUAAGCAUCGAAGGCACAGACUUAUUCGGCAUUCAGCCACAAUUAAAUUAAUCAAAUUAAAUAAUUUUAAACAUAAACAAAAGUAUUAAAUUAUAAACGUCAGUAUUUUAAAAGUAAAACUUAUUUAUGCUACUUGGUUUGUGAAUAGGUGACAUCAUUCAAUAAAAAUAUUAUAACUCCCUAGGGAGUUAUAACAUGUUUUUCACACUCGAUAACUCCCGCGGGAACAAUAUAGGCCUUUGUCCUUCAGUAGACCUGCAUGAAAUAAUAUAUUUUUCUAGCAAGUGUGAUGAAAAAUAUAUUGUGUACUGUUUUGUAAAGACUAUUAAUAGUACAGACAAAAGAUUUAAUUUGUGUUUGUGACCCAUGUCGUACCUUACCACAGUGACAAACAACAUGAAAGUCGCUAGAUAAGAGACCUCAUACUAUUGUUACUGUGACGAGGUACCAAAUGGGUCUCAAAUUAAAUCUUUUGACUAUACAUUGUGCAACGAGGGGGGUAAGUGAAAUAUCGGAACGAGGGUGUUAAAGACCCGAGCUUGCAAUAUUAUUACCCCUGGAGAUACACACAAUGUUUUUCAUCGCAAUUGCGAAGAAAAAACUAAAUUUUAAGUGAAAUGAUUUUAAUACGGUGUCAUUUCAAACAUUCGUCCGCCAUAUUGUCAUUUUUUGACAGUUAGGCAUUGAAGGCACAGACUCAUCCUUCAUUUUGCCACGAUUAAAAACUGUAUAAUGCAACGUAAAAGAAACCACCGCGCGGUGUAAUAAUAUUAGUCAUACGUGUUAUACUUGAUGCGGCCGGUAUCGUAGGAACCCGCCUUGCCCCGCGCGCGCGCAGCCCGCACGGUCGCCCGCGCCUGGCCUUUAUAAGGCACAGCGCGGCCCCGGCUCGCGCAGUUUGUCUCGCGCAGCGAUCCGAUCACAUUGACAUGGGACGGAGUAGCUGACUUGACGAGCAAAGCAUCGCGACCGCCCGGUGUUGCUUCCGUAGCACGGUACAGUGCCGGUCAGCCGCGACGUACUUAUCUAACUGCUAGGACGUACACGUUGUACUUAGGAGUAGUUGCGCUAAUCGAUACUUCCGUAGCACGGGAUAUCUUUUUGGCAUUGCACUACGUUUCGUAUGCUUGUUAGGUUAAGUAAACCACGCACAAUGCCGCAGCCGCUGGCAUGGCUCGUACUCUUGAUGUUGCUCGGUGUGUCACAGCUGGAAGCGGAAAAAAAUUACUGCGAUGAAGAUAAAACUAAUAGCACUAAGCUUGAAGACAAUUCCACAUUCGACUACAUAGUGGUGGGUGCGGGCGGCGGCGGCGCGCCGGCGGCGGCGCGGCUCGCGCUCGCCGGUGCUGAUGUGUUGCUUGUGGACGCCGGAGGCGACCCAAACUUCCUUACUAAGAUUCCUGGAUUGGCUACUGUGCUGAUGGGAUCCGACAUAGAUUGGGCGUACCCGACUAUUUCCAAUAAUGUUUCGUGCCUAUCGUCGCAGCAGCAACAGUGCCGCUUCAGCCGCGGCAAGUGCCUCGGCGGUUCGACUAGUAUCAAUUACAUGAUGUACACGCGAGGCAAUCGACGCGACUACGAUGAUCUUGGCAUCAAAGGUUGGUCCUGGCAAGAUCUCAAGCCCUAUUUCCUUAAGUACGAAGGCUUGCAAGACUUGGAUAAGUUACCAGCCACUUCUAUACCCUAUCACAACACCAAUGGAACUAUGAAAAUAGAAUUCUUCGGUGACUCCGGAAACUCUUGGCAUUCCAGAAUAGUACAAGGUUUUCAGGCUCUUAAUAUUUCUUUUAAUCCCGAUGUUAACGCUGAGUCGGAAAUCGGAGUGACGCAAGUUAUUGGGUACGUGUACGAAGGCGAGCGCAUGAGCACGGUGCGCGGUUACUUGGCUCGCGACGACGUCAAGAGAGUGUUGAAGGUCGCGAAGGACACGCAUUGUACCGGUGUCAUCUUUGACGACAACAAUAACGCGACAGGAAUCAGGGUUAUGACAAGGGAAGGGUCGAAAAAGCGGAUUCUUCGACUAUACGCAAACAAAGAAGUAAUUCUUUCAGCGGGAACAAUUGGGACUGCUCAAAUCUUGAUGCUUUCCGGUAUAGGACCGGCAGCUCAUUUAAAUACUCUAGAUAUUCCUGUGCGUGCUGAUCUACCCGUAGGCGAUAACCUCAGCGAUCAAGUGUUGCCUGUGAUAUACAUCCCUGUUUCUCGGGGACUCGAUGCGGCUGGAAUAAAUCCUUUCAGAGCUCGAGACAGUAUAGACGAUUUAUUACAGUGGUGUGCAUCGCGCACGGGACCGUUUGCGUCCAACGGAGUUACCGACAUCACUUUGUUACUCAACUCUCGCUGCUACGACGUUGACCAGCGCAAACUGAUCAAAAAUACCUCUGACUGCGAGCUUCCUUCACUUCAAAUGGUCCAUUCAUUCAUAGGGCAAAAUAUGAUACCUGGCUUCGAGGGCGUAGUUCAAAAUACGACAGGUUUUAACAUGGAUAUUAUCCUACAGCUUAGCGCCGUAAAUACGAACCAGGCCAUAAUUGUGGCCACACCCGUCGUGCUUCGACCAUACUCUCGCGGUACUAUCCGUCUGGCCAGUACUGAUCCUUUAAACUAUCCUGCUAUUUUCCCGAAUUUUUUAUCGGACGAGAGGGACGUCGAAGAGAUCCUGCGCAGCAUUACGAUCCUGGAGCAUCUGGUAGAAACGCCGGAGUACGUGGCGUACAACGCGUCUAUCCUGCACUUGAAGCUGCCAGGCUGUCCUGAGUAUUCGGCAGACCGUGAGGGGUACUGGACUUGCUACAUCAGGCACUUGACGUACUCGGUAUUCCACGCGGUGGGCACCGCGCGGCUGGGGGCGGUGGUGGACGAGCAGCUGCGCGUGCGCGGGGUGACGCGCCUGCGCGUAGCCGACCUGAGCGUGCUGCCGGAGCUGCCUCGCGGCAACACCGCCGCCGCCGCGAUAGCCAUUGGAGAGCGCGUCGCCGAUUUCAUACUGAAAGGACCCAAAUAAGAAGUAUGAUAUUAUUCCGCGCAACAUGAGCUCGUCUAACAUGUUCAAACACCGGAUUGUAAGGCUCAACCACGGCAUGCAUAUAUUUUACAGGUUCAAUAAAAUAAAGAGGAAAUAACUUG